GGCGGGGCCUGGGGCGCCGUGCGCCGGAGCUUGUGGCGUCAAUGCGGCCGCUGUGUCCAUGGAGAGAGGCUGAGGUGGCCGAGUUCCGGCCCGAGGCACCGGGGCGCCGGGACGGCGAGGAUGUCGGCUUCGUUAGUCCGGGCCACUGUCCGGGCUGUGAGCAAGAGGAAGCUGCAGCCCACUCGGGCCGCCCUCACCCUGACACCUUCAGCAGUAAACAAGAUAAAACAGCUUCUUAAAGAUAAGCCUGAACACGUAGGUCUGAAAGUUGGUGUCCGAACCAGGGGUUGUAAUGGCCUUUCUUACACUCUAGAAUAUACAAAGACAAAAGGAGAUUCUGAUGAAGAAGUUGUUCAAGACGGAGUCAGAGUGUUCAUCGAGAAGAAAGCACAACUGACACUUUUAGGAACAGAAAUGGACUAUGUUGAAGAUAAGUUAUCCAGUGAGUUUGUUUUCAAUAACCCAAACAUCAAAGGAACGUGUGGCUGUGGAGAAAGCUUUAAUAUUUGACUGCUCUGGCUGUGAGCUCCGGGAACACUCAUGGAAGUCCUAGGGCUUACUGAAGAAAUGAUGUGACUGUCGCAUGCUGAAAGGUUAUAAUGUAUGACUGCCUUAUGAGAAAAAUAAAAUGAUGCAUUUUGAAAGUGAA